AUGGCCGUUGAAAUUGUGGAGGAUGUUCCAUCGAGUCAAGCGAUGACAUUAUUUUCCCGACUCAAUAGCACAACAUUGUCCUUCUUGCUGCUAUCCGUCGUCUUCGUUCUGGUCAAGCUCGCGAACCGGACAGAUCAGCCAAAGAUCAAAGGGCUCCCAGAGAUACCUGGAGUGCCUAUCUUUGGUAAUCUUUUGCAAUUAGGGUCGGAUCAUGCGCGGGUGGCAGGGAAAUGGGCGAAACAGUAUGGAUGGCCUGUCUUCCAGACACGUCUCGGCAACCGACGCAUCAUCUUUGCGAACUCUUUCGACAGUGUUAAGCACUUCUGGGUGACGAACCAAUCUUCAUUGAUCUCUCGUCCAACCUUGUAUACUUUCCACAGCGUUGUCAGUACCAGUCAGGGAUUCACAAUUGGCACAUCACCAUGGGACGAGAGCUGCAAGCGAAGGAGAAAGGCUGCUGCUACAGCUUUGAACAGGCCAGCUGUGCAGAGCUAUAUGCCACACGUCGACCUUGAAUCGACCUUUGCCAUCAAGGAUAUGUACGGGGACUGCAAGAUGGGAACGGUUGAUCUUGACCCAAGGAAAUAUUUCCAUCGAUUUGCAUUGAACACGAGCUUGACUCUCAAUUAUGGUAUACGUAUCGACGGAGGUAUCGACGAGAAACUUCUGCGAGAAGUCGUCCACGUAGAGAGGGUGGUGUCGAAUUUCCGAAGCACGUCCAACAACUGGCAAGACUAUAUACCCCUGCUCCGACUUCCAUUAAUUAGUCGUCAAAACACAGACGCAGUAUCGUAUCGAGCUCGUCGAGACGCGUACUUGACGACUUUUCUCGAUAUGCUGAAAGAAAGAAUUGCGAACGGCACCGAUAAGCCUUGCAUUACAGGUACCAUUUUGAAAGAUCCGGAAGCGAAGCUCAAUGAUGCCGAGAUCAAGUCAAUAUGUCUCACCAUGGUGUCGGCAGGCAUAGACACAGUGCCAGGCAACUUAAUUAUGGGCAUUGGUUAUCUCGCAUCACCUGAAGGCCAGCACAUCCAGCAAAAAGCGUACGAAGAGAUCAUGAAAGUUUACCCUAAUGACGGCGAAGCAUGGGAAAAGUGCCUGUACGAAGAGAAAGUACCAUAUAUCACAGCUUUGACUAAAGAAAUCCUGCGCUUCUGGACAGUCAUUCCUAUCUGCCUGCCAAGGACCAGCAUUAAGGAUAUUGAGUACAACGGUGCAACUAUCCCAGCAGGCUCUGUCUUCUACAUGAAUGCGUGGGCUGCUGAUUACGAUGACACACAUUUCAAGGAUCCCAACAGAUUUAUGCCUGAGCGAUACUUGGACGAUCAGGAAGGUAGCGGAACACCUCACUAUGGAUAUGGCGCUGGCAGCCGCAUGUGCGUUGGUUCUCAUCUUGGAAAUCGGGAGAUCUACACUGUGUUCUUGCGAAUAUUGACAGCAUUCGAGGUUGUUCCAGCUGAGGAUAAAAACGAUUGGCCAAUCUUGGACGCAAUAGAGUGCAAUUCGAUUCCAACAGCACUGACCACAGAACCGAAGCCGUUCAAAGUUGGCUUCAGAAUACGCAACAAGGAGAGUUUAGAGAGAUGGAUUAGAGAAAGUGAUGAGAGGACGAAGGAUCUUUAG